CGAUAGCCUAUCAUCGACGUUCUGGCAGCUCUAUUUCACAAUCCCUCACCGCGUAAUAAUAAUACGGUUUUCACACAUUUACUCGACCGAAAUAUUCGGAAAAAUUCCAAAACGAGACACGGUGUGCGAGGAGGCGACUUUGGCUUCUAGUUUGAGAAAGCCUGAUUCCCGACCAAAAUUGUAUCAACGUGAGAGGUGUGGAGCAGCUGUUCCAAUCAGAUCGUUGGGUAAUAACCUAGCGAAAAGCUGCAAAAAUCCGGCGGAGUCAUGGCUUUCCGGUUAUUUGGCACGGCCAAAAUGCUGGCCGGCGCAAUGCGACGCGGCUACACAACGGGAUCUCUCACGGAAAAGGUGCAUCGCUCAGCCCCAGCACUGCCCACAGGAGCCACCGGUGCGGGGGUCUACAUACUUCCCGCGGAACUGAACCCUCUGCUCCGCUUCGUCGUUAAACACAUUCAGCUUUUCUGCAAAAAGCCGCCCAAGGGGUUCGAGAAGUACUUUGAGGCUGGCGGCAAGUCUCCCGCCGGUCAGCCAAAAGGAUCCGCAAGUGGUGAAAAGAAGCCUUCAACGGCAUCCAGCAACAGCAAAUCCGCUUCGGAGAAACCCAGCGCCGCGAAACCCUCCAGAUCAGCGUCAGAAUCCAAAUCAGAUUGGAAUUUUGGCAUGUUCAGCAAUAGCACAAAGGCGGCGAGAUCUGGCAAUGCACCGGGCGGCAGGCCGCUGGGUGAGGGAGGUAGCGGCGGCGAUAGGGAGCGCUGGAUUCUACUGGGCGCCAUAGGCACUGUGGUGCUGCUAGGUUCAUUUGCCUUCUUCGAGAUGGGAUACAAGGAGAUCUCCUGGAAGGAGUUCGUGAACAGCUACCUGUCCAAGGGAAUUGUGGAGAAGCUGGAGGUUGUCAACAAGAAGUGGGUGCGCGUGCGACUCCAGCAGAAUAGCAAUAGCGGCGGCGGUGUCCUUUGGUUUAACAUCGGCAGUGUCGACAGCUUCGAGCGAAAUUUGGAGACUGCACAGACGGAGCAGGGCACCGAGUCCAUUAACUUUGUGCCUGUCAUCUACAGGAACGAGGUGGAGGCCGCCAGCUUAACAGGUCUGUUGCCCACGCUACUCAUCAUUGGAUUUCUUGUCUAUAUGAUGCGCAAGUCGGCCGACAUGAUGGGUGGCGGACGUGGACGCAAGGGUGGCGGCCUCUUUGGCGGCGUUAUGCAGUCCACCGCUAAGCUGAUCAAUCCCACCGAAAUCGGCGUGGGCUUCAAGGACGUUGCCGGCUGCGAAGAGGCCAAAAUCGAAAUCAUGGAGUUCGUGAACUUCCUGAAAAACCCUCAACAGUACAUCGAUCUGGGCGCUAAGAUUCCCAAGGGAGCCAUGCUUACAGGUCCGCCCGGUACGGGUAAAACGCUCCUGGCCAAGGCCACAGCCGGUGAGGCGAAUGUGCCCUUUAUUACAGUAUCGGGAUCCGAGUUCCUCGAAAUGUUCGUGGGCGUGGGUCCAUCACGUGUGCGAGACAUGUUCGCCAUGGCCCGCAAGCACGCUCCCUGCAUCCUCUUCAUCGACGAGAUUGAUGCCGUGGGCAGAAAACGUGGUGGCAAGACAUUCGGCGGCCAUUCGGAGCAGGAGAACACGCUGAACCAACUGCUGGUGGAGAUGGACGGCUUCAAUACCACAACGAAUGUGGUGGUGCUGGCUGCCACCAAUCGCGUGGAUAUUCUCGAUAAGGCUCUGAUGCGACCAGGUCGCUUCGAUCGGCAGAUAUACGUCCCUGCGCCUGAUAUCAAGGGCAGGGCAAGCAUCUUCAAAGUGCAUCUGGGUAACCUGAAGACGGAGCUUGACAAAAACGAGCUAAGCAGAAAGAUGGCGGCUCUCACGCCUGGCUUUACAGGUGCCGAUAUUGCCAAUGUGUGCAAUGAAGCCGCUCUUAUCGCGGCCCGUGACUCCAAGGACUCAAUUAUCCUGAAGCACUUCGAACAGGCCAUUGAGCGCGUUAUUGCCGGCAUGGAGAAGAAGACCAAUGUUUUGGCGCCGGAAGAGAAGCGAACAGUGGCGCAUCAUGAGGCUGGACAUGCCGUGGCUGGCUGGUUCCUGGAGCAUGCCGAUCCCCUACUUAAAGUCUCAAUCAUCCCGCGCGGCAAGGGCCUGGGCUAUGCCCAGUAUCUGCCCAAGGAUCACUAUCUGUUGUCCAAGGAGCAGCUGUUUGAUCGCAUGUGCAUGACCCUAGGCGGUCGUGUGGCCGAGGAGCUGUUCUUCAAUCGUAUUACCACCGGUGCCCAGGACGAUCUGAAGAAGAUCACCGACAUUGCGUACUCGCAGGUAGUGCGCUUCGGCAUGAACGAGAAGGUGGGUUGGGUCAGCUUCGAUGUCGGCCAGGCUGGCGAUCCGGUGUUCAGCAAACCCUACUCCGAGGACACCGCCCAGAUGAUUGACGGCGAGGUGCGAACGAUCAUAAAGUGCGCCCACGAGGCCACCACUAGUCUACUGACCAAGCACAAGGAGGAUGUGCAACGCGUGGCGGAACGACUGCUUCAGAACGAGGUCCUUAGCCGUGACGAUAUGAUCGAGCUGCUCGGUCCGCGUCCUUUUAAGGAGAAGUCCACUUAUGAGGAGUUCGUCGAGGGCACCGGCUCCUUUGAGGAGGACACCACUCUGCCCGAGGGCCUAAAGAGCUGGAACAAAGAGAAGGAGCGCAGGCAGCCCCUAGACAGCACGCCAACUUCUCCGCCCACAUCCCCUCCCGUAACUGCCCAGAAUAGUUAGGUACGGGACUCGCUGAGGAGUUCGGAGUGGAGUGCUCGAGGGUGUUUCUGUUGUCAUCCCCCCCCAUUUUGACCGCCGAUCGGAGCUGAGCUGCCUUACGCCCAUGUUCCUGAAAUGUUGCCCGGAGUAACAAUAGCUCCUGGAGCCGCAGUCUUCAUGACGCAUUCACCACUGUUUUUUGCCUAAUUUUAAGAUUGCCCCAAUGGAUACCUCGUUCCAGUGUUGAGCUAAAUUUCCCGUAUGCCGUAUUUUCCGAACGCAAUAAAGUGGUUCAAAGCCUCACCGUGUGGGAAAACAAAAUUAAAACGACGUUAAAAUGCUACGAAAAUAAUUUCGGAAAAUUCUCUAUUAAAGGUUCAGGAAAACAUGAAAGAGCUUCGUAGUCUUUAAUAAACGAUUUUCCUCUAUCUAAAUUUAUAAUAAA